GACUCAGAGCUCUUACAGGCACCAUCUCGUGGGACAGGAAGAGGAUCUCCGUUGCUAACCAGCAAUUAAGGGUCUUGCUGUGGUGACCAGCUGGCAUGGCUUUAGGAGUGAAACAUGGAGAGUUCGGGAAGCACAAACUAAGUGACUGCAGCCUUCCCCCGCAUGUACCUAAUGCCCAGCCAGAUUUGGAAGGUCGUACAAGUUUUCCAGAAGGAAGCACAGUAACAUACAAAUGCAAUAAAGACUUUGUAAAUGUUCCUGGCAAGCUAGCCGCAAUAACCUGUCUUAAGGACAAUGAAUGGUCGCUGAUUGCAGAAUUUUGUAAUCGUAGCUGUGAUGUUCCAACCAGGUUACUCUUUGCAGCUCUCAAACGGCCUUAUAACCAACAGAAUUAUUUCCCAGCGGGUUCCGUUGUGGAAUAUGAGUGCCGUAGGGGCUACAGAAGGAAUCAUUCCCUGUCAGGAAAAGUAACUUGCCUUCAGAAUUUUAAGUGGUCCAAACCAGAUGAAUUUUGUGAAAAAACAUCAUGUCCUAAUCCUGGAGAAGUAAUAAAUGGUUAUGUUAAUAUAACAACUGACAUAUUAUUUGGUGCAUCCAUCAUCUUCUCAUGUAAAACAGGAACCACUGAAAUUUACACUGGAAUAACUCAACGGCAACAGAACACUUAUGUAUAUAGACAGUCUAUAACACAUAAAGAAAGUUCUCACAUUUCCAAGGUCACUCCUCAGAAACCCACCACAGUAAAUGUUCCAGGUACCAAAGUCCUAUCAACUCUUCAGAAACCCAGCACAGUAAAUAUUCCAGGUACCGAAGCCCUAUCAACUCCUCAGAAACCCGCCACAGUAAAAAUUCCAGCUACAGAAGUCCCAUCAACUCCUCAGAAACCCAUCACAGUAAAUGCUUCUGCUGCAAAGGCCCCACUAAUUCAUCAGAAACCCACCACUGUAAAUGUUGCAGCUGCAGAAGCUCCAUCAACUCCUUGGAAAACCAUCACAGCAAAUGAUUCAGCCACAAUAGCCAAAACAUCCCCUGUAUCAAAUGUUUUAUCUACAGAGACCCCACCAGCAUCCCAGACUCAUGUCACUGCAAAUAUUUCUGCUACACAAGUCACUGUAACACAAAAGUUCACAGCUACACAUGACCCAGUGACUAAGGGUCACCGCACAACACACAGAUUGACCUCUGCUCGUAUUACAGCAGCACAGAGUCCAGCUGUUACCGUGAAAGCCACGCCUUUUAAUCUAAGAACCACCACAUCUUCUCAUUCAGGAACCCUUCCUGCAGGGGUCAGCACCAUUGCAUUUGGACUUGUUGCUGGUACUAUAUUAAUUGGUUCCCUAAUUCUAGUCAAAAUUUUCUGGGACUAUGGAAAAUCAGGGACAUGCAUUUAUAAUAGUGACAGUUUUGCUUAUGAUGCUAACAAUCAUUGGCUAAUUGACUUAGCCAAAGAAGACAUAAGAAGAAAGCACACACAAGUACACAGAAUAUUUCUAGUUCUGUAUAAAUUUCUGGAGGCGUGGACACAAUAUAUGCAGUACUGCUCUUUGUUUUGCACAUUACCAUUGUCUUUAAGGUGCACAGGAAUAUCAGUGAAAUGACGAGAAACGAAUCUGUCCUGGAAUCACAUUCUCAACACUUCCUACCCUCUUGAUAAUAGAACAACACACAAGACUGAGAGUGAUUACUUUCCUAAAAGUAUAGGCAAGUGUAGAGAUUUGUUCAUGCUUAAAAGGUGAUCAUGAAAAAAAGGAAACAAGUGACGUUUUCCCACUAGAUAUGUAAUGUUAUUUUUACUUACAAAGGAAAUAAAAAAUGAAAAACAUUAAUUGGAUAUUGAAAACAAACAAAAAAGAUAUUGCCUAGUCUCUUUUAAGCAAAAUUACCAAAGAGAGAUGAACCACAUUAUAAAAGAAUCCUUCUUGAGUCUAAGGCAUUUUUAUAUUUUCUAAUUCUAUUAAAAUAAGUCUGAAUGUGUUGACAAAAUAUUUUAGAUGAAAAACAUGCUAAUGACCCAGAAUGGUGAAUUUCUUGGGUUAGUUGGUAAAGAAGUAUAAAAAGAAGGAAUAGUUCUUUCUUUUUCACACAA